GCAGGCUGGUAGUAGCUGUGUGAUAGUAGUCUGGGUGCCGAGCGCCAAGUAGGAGAGGGGCUCUGGAUACUCAUCUUGGUGAUGGCGAGAAGCAGAACCCCAUACGACCUAUGGAGUAGUCAACCAGACCAUAAUUUGGAGAGAUGGUUUGAAGGCUGUUCCGAUCCUGUGGAAAAUCCUCCAGAGCUUCCAGCGAAUCCAACUGGGUAUUUGAUAGUGCAGCCAGAUGGUGGCUUGAAUCAGCAGCGGAUUGGUAUCGUGACAAGUGUUGCCAUAGCCUGGUUCUUACAAGCAACACUAGUUGUGCCAAGAUUGCUCUUCAGCCCAGUGUGGAAAGAUGACAGCAAGUUCGAGGAUCUGUUUGACCUGGACCAUUUCAACAAAUCACUGAAGAAUUUAGUUCGGAUUGUCAAGGAAGUGCCGAGGGAGGUGCAAAAGACUUUAAGGACAGCGAAUGUCACAUUCAUAGCACCAAAGCAUUGCUCUCUGGAGUGGUACUCAGCCCACAUCCUUCCAGUUCUGAAGAAGUAUGGAGUUGCCGUGAUCACGGAGUAUAUGCACCCAUUGGGAUUUGGAAUGCCCUUUCACGUCGAGCAGAUCCGCUGCCGUGCCAAUUAUUAUGCUCUAAGGUACAAUCAGAAACUUGAGGGCAUCGCCGAGCAGGCAGUACAGCAGCUAAGGAAAGAUGGGGAGAAGUUUGUGGCUGUUCACGUACGCUUCCAGAAGGAUAUGCUAGCUGAUUCAUGCUGUGACUUCGGCGGUGGGCCUGCAGAAAGGGAGUUUUUCAAAAAAUAUCGUGAUGUAAAUCUUGCCAUCGGUCAAUAUGCGAACAAGUACAAAUCGAAGCCACCACCGGAGAUUCUGCGUGUGAGGGGGUCAUGCCCCUUGACGCCUGAGGAGCUGGGGUUGUUGCUUGCAGGAAUGGGGUUCUCAAAAGACACCCGGCUUUAUCUCGCUGGAGGGGAGGUUUACGGAGGGGAGAGCAGGCUGGCUCCCCUGCGGCGUUUGUUCCCAAAGAUGGUGAGAGUGGAAGAUGUCGUGCCAAGAAAUAUGCUAUCGAAACUACAUUCCCAUUCGUCCCGGCUUGCGGUGAUCGACACGUACGUGUGCACAUACAGUAAUGUGUUUCUGACAGGCUUUUCAGGGAGCAAUCUUCCUGCCAUCGUACUUGGUUUGCGAAUGAUGUACAGACUUGGUCCAUCAAUUCUGCCUUCAAAGAAGAUUGCACCCUUGCUAAUGGCUGCCAAAGAAGGGCAAAUUCGAUGGAAAGAAUUCGCUGCUCAGGUGAAGGCCAUUCAGACUCCAAAGCGCAUAAGCAAUUCCUGGAACGUGUCCACAUUCCGCGAACCUGCACCUGCUUGUGUCUGUUACAGGAGAGGUCUCGCACAUAUAUCAUCGUAGAUUGUGAUGUAUGCGCUUCAUCAUCAUCUCGGUGUGCGGAUGUUUGAUUUUGCUCUGCGGUGGAUGCUCGCAUUGACAGAGGACACCUUUGCAUAUCCUGCUGAUCAGUGACCUUAAUGAAGGGUGCUAAGUACUAUUACUAAGUGCAAUGCUCUCUCCAGCAGACUGCUUUCAGAACUGCACAUUUUGGGAGUCCUAUCUAUCCUUGCCGCCAUCUUCUGCCUGCUUCCCACCCAUCCCUUCUCUCUUCUCCUCGCCCAUCGUAUUUUGUCUCUUGUUUUCAUCGCCUUUCUCCACCUGUGUCCCCCCUCUCUAUUCUUCGACUUGUUGCUGUCAACUUCAUGUUGACUCCUCGUUGAUGAAUGUCUGAUAUUCACUAGGUACAAGUGAGGCUCGAGGUAGGGAGGGAGUAAAAGCUUAGAAGAUGGUGCUAGAGGUGAGGAAGAGGUGGCACAAAGAAGAUUUUUGUGGGAUGUUUUCAAUUCAAGAGGGUAGAAUAAUACUAGAAUUACAUCUGAUGUUUGCCACGUGCUGAAGCUGAUGCAACGGUUGUCAUUGACAGGCAUGUAUGGCUGUGGCAUGUUUGGGCAUUACCAUUAUUUGAGGAGGGGGUAAGGAAGACGAAGAACAUAAGGAGAGGAGGAGGUGGUGGCGUUAGUAUGGUGGGGACCAAUGCCUUAUGGCAGUGUUGAUGUUUGAGACACACUGAAUGAGGUGAUCACAGAAGUCAUUACCACCAGAUGUGACAGUUGACCGUUUUUCGGAGCACAAAGGAAGUCGAUUGGUUCAGUGUGGCCCUUGGUCUUUCCCAAGUGGAAAGAGAGAUUGCCCCUCCUGUUCGCCUUGAAAAGCCGUUGCUUGCCCCUCUGGGGGAGGCGGCCAUAAUAGGAUAUAUGCCACUGUAUGAAUGACUCUUGCGUCAAGGUUGAGUCUGCUAGAGGGAAGGCAACCGGUACUCUGCUAGCAUCAGGAACUCGGGAGUCUUUUCAUGCUAUCCCAAGAGAAGUCGCAGAGAUGAUGACGGCGAUCCGGAAGUUCUUAUUGCAUGUUAGGAGGCUUAGUAGUGAGAGCUGGCUGGAGUGGUGGAGUGUAGGACAUGACAAGCUAGCUAUGUAUAUAUUAUGUGAGAAAGGGAUAGCCCGCUUGCCUGAGUGGAUGAUGCGGAAGGACUGAGAUAGGCAGCUGGUCUGUACGACAAUUGCAUCAUAUCUUUCGGUGUGAUGCGUCCCCCAUGAGAUGUAAAGCCUCAUGCGUUGUGCUAAUCUUACGUCAAUUUGAGUGUGUUUCCACUUCUUCGAGUUUAUCAUUGACUGUUGUGAGCUCCCGGUGGUGCAGGCCAAAACACUCACCAGGAUGUUCGGUGGAUGUUCGGUACUUUGGGAAAGACUGUCCCAAAGUACCAUGCAACGAUGGAUGUACAUUAGGACAGAGUCGCAGGGUAUGGAGUGAUCUUAGAUCAUGGCAAGUGUCAUCAUCGGUGCAGGGAACGGGAGCAUGUUUUGCUUCAUUUUGUCUGAAAUCUCAUGAGCAUAGAGAAGAAGACGAAAGGAUGCAUUCGGCCGCAGCUGAUGUUCUCACACAAGCCGGGGUUGAGCAAGGGCACUGCCCUCCAGGGCUGAACGUACCAACACGCAUGCGAUCCAGGCACACCCAUGCACACACAUGCACAUACAUGCAGACAGUCUAGGGGAUGUCCCAAGCAGGCCGGCCAUCUGCCCUUCAGUCUAUCGCCUCAUUCAGAGAAAGCAGGCGUGGCGAGAAAGGAUCAGGGAAGUCUGAUGAGGGGCGGAGCGGAAAGGAAGGCUCGAUGGUCAUCCAGUCAUUGACGAUCAGGUGGUAGUCCCCUACACUCUGCCAACUCCUGCCACCGCGGGUCCUCCCUAUUACCACUCCACUCAACUCUCACCACCCAUUCGCCUCCGCCCCACCCCAGUCAGUCCCUCCCGAAGGAGGAGAUUGGCUUCCUAAUAUCCUGGUUGGUCCGAAAACAACAAUCUCAAAAGCCACCACCUCGCAAACUUAACAGCGUUCUCAGGAGAGGGAGUGCCCAAGGCUCAGCAAGACCCAGAAGUCUCAGCAGGCAGGCAUCGAUUUUGGUGAAUGGCGAGUUCUAUUCUGCUCCUGCCUCUUCCUUUGUAUUGAACUGCAUUCAGUUCCUGUGAUUUGGAGGAGGACCUUGACUCCAACGAUGAAUUAAGGAUUCGAUGUUUUGGUUCAUUUAAGAGCGUGAAGGAGGACAAAGUUCAUGAUCAUCCGCUUCCAUCGUGCGGACAUGAUGACGAUCGUAACAGCUGCAGGAAAACAGUGUUGGGCUCCACUCAUGCGUCUUCCUGCGCAUCGAACUGUAUUCAAUUUAUGCGCUGCGGAGAACUGUGACAUUGACUGUGAGAGGAUGGCGGAGGGGUUCUGAGAUGCUGUCAGCAUUGGAAUGGACACUGUUUGGAGCGGAGUCAACAGCAUGAUCAAAGAUGUUUGCUCUCUGGCUUGGUGUUGAGGAGAAGUUCGGUGGAUUUACUAGAUGUAGCACACCCUCUCAGCCAAAAUGCAUCCGCCCCUCUGCAACAGCUGUGAGAGUGGAGGGACUGCCUGCUCAGUUUUCGCAGUUGAUGCAGUGCCAACAGCAUAUUUGCUCUCUCCUUGACGACUGGUGAUGAUGAUAUUCAGCGGUUUGACCAUUUGCCUUCUCUGAAGACUUGAAGCAGGUUUUUUUUCUUUUUUUUUUCAAAUGUUAUAUUAAUGGAACUGGAAAACAGGUCCAUUGUAAAAUUUUAAAAUGCCAAAGAAGGAGGCGUCCGCACGGACCUCGGUGAGUGACUUCCGAUGAUAUUCAGCUUAGUUUGUGCAUUUUGGUAUACAACAUCGUAUUUGCAAUGGUUAUCUGUUGUGAAAGUGUUGUCAAUGUUUUACACAGCGAUGAACCAAUAUUUCGUUUGCAGAGCGAAUGCGGCAAAGUUA